AUGCAUUCACCUCACUCAUCCAAUCUCAAAGCUACUUUACUUACGGGUCUGCCUUCAUAGAGGGAGCGAUAGCUGUCUGUGUGAUCUCUACCUAGGCAUGCAACGACCCUGAACAAAAGGAAAUGCAACGGCAAUCACCAAGUGGUGUAACUCUUUUCAGUUUUCUUCCCGCCUAUGUUAGUCAAACACAAGACGUUGCUCACUUUGUUUUUCCUGCCCUAUCGGCUUAUAAUUCCCACGACUCUCCUCGUGAUGAUGCAUUAAAAAAUCACAGCUAUUUUUCCACUGCCUUUCAAACCGACAAACAGUGA